UCCGCAACUGUGAUCCACUAGAGGAGCGGCGGUUGAACGGCGACGUACCUAUGUUGGAAUGACAGUUGGGAUAUUUGUGACCUACGUGACUUGACCUGUGUUUGUGACCUGUGACCUGUGACCGCACCGUGAGUGUAUAAUGUGCGACAACCAGUGGCAAAACAGCUGAGUGUUAAACCAUUGCAGCCACGUCAAUGUCAGUCAGUUCGUUGCGCCCAGAUACAAGGAUUCGGGGAUAACUUUAGGAUUGACAACCCACAAACGAAAGGAGAUGCGUGAUCAACGGAGGUGACAGCCUCAGCAAGAUGGAUCUUCUGCUGCUCCGGAUCAGCAACAGCCUCAGCCCGGGCCCGACAUCAUGCUGAAGCAUCUCAGAAGCAAUGGCGGCCUGGCACACAGCGGACCGCGCGGUCUGAACCAAUCCUACUCCGGACCUGGGACAAGAGUGAACCACAACCACAGCAACCACAGUCACAUCAGUCACAACCACAACCAUAUACACAGCCACAGCCUAAAUGUGUCCACACUCUCUACGUCCAAACACUCGCUGGGCGGCAGCAGCGUCGCCAACGGCCCCAAGAUCGCCAACGGAGGUCUUCACAUAUCAACAAACUACGACGCCUUCUCCAACAGCAGGUCGCCGGCCCCGGCACCGCCUCCUGCUGCCCCCGUGGCCCCGGUUGGUCGUCUCUCCCAGACGCCCGGGGUCCGAGAGAUGCUGACGUCACUGGGUCUGCUCUGCCUCGUGUCGCUCCUGCUGGCGCUGCUCUCUCUUAUCUUCCUUCUCCGCAUUUCUCCCGUCACCGCAGCUGACGUUCGCGAGCUCAUGAGGCUAGAACAGCUCACCCUUAUCUCCCCUGAGGAGUAUGUGAUAGUUUACGAAGUGACACUGACCCUGUGCGCGCUCUCUCUGUCGCUAAACCUGUGCUGUGUACUUGUCUGCGCAGUGCAGUUCAUCUUCGCUGUCAAACUUGUCAGAGACUCUCCCGACGGCGUAAGAACAAAUAAGUUCCUGAAGAAGAGUUCGAUCACAAGGGUGUGUGCUGUCGGAGGGUUCUUUGUAUCUAUACCAGUAUUUUUAACAGGUCUCAUCCUAUACACAUUCAUACAGUUCCACUCAACACCUGCUAUCGUUACUAGCAUUCUGAUUGGAGUGGGAAUUGUGUUCUGUGGAUGCGCUAUGGUGCACAAUGUAUUCGUCUGGCAAAAGGAGAAAACUAAUGCAGUUCGAGCUCUGGCCCAGCAACAGAGGAUACAACAUCAGCUCUCUCACCUAGAGAUACCCAAGCCAGGAAGUAGUGUCAGUCCAGGCAGUAUACCACACGCUACACUGGACCUCAGUAGUGCCACCACGACACCACAUGAACUGUCCACACUAGUGUAACCAAAACUGGACCUCAGUAGUGCCACCACGACACCACACGGACUGUCUACGGAGCUCAGUAGUGCCACCACGACACCACACGGACUGUCUACAGAGCUCAGUAGUGCCACCACGACACCACAUGAACUGUCCACACUAGUGUAACCAAAACUGGACCUCAGUAGUGCCACCACGACACCUCACAAACUGUCCACAAUAGUGUAGCCAACACUGGAGCUCAGUAGUUCCACCAAGACACAACACUGUCCAUACUAUUGUAGCCAGUACAAGACCUUAUUAGUAGCAUGGUGGAAGUAAAUAUUUACUUCCACCAUGAUUAGUAGUACCACCACGACACCUGACAAACUGUCCACAAUAAUGUAGCCAACAUUGGACCUCAGUAACGCUACCACGACACAACACGAACCGUCCACAAUAGUGAAGGCAACAUGACGGAACUAAAUUUCUCUUGGUAGAUAGGUUGUGUCAACACUUUCAGUUAUGCCAGUAUAAAGUACUUGCCUAAAUAUGCCUCAUACGAUUAGGAUCUCAAUUACUUGCCCACUUCUUAUUAAUAACGUUGUUAGUUUAAUUAAAUCCUACGUCAUACUGUUAUAAUUUUUUCACCACACUAUGAUGCUUUUAGCUGUUUUACAUACAUUAAUUGGUGGCUGAAAGUGACGUUUUACUGGCCAUGCCGGCUGUCAUCGUCAUUUCGGGACCGAGCAGGUUUUUACAUCCCUAGGGCCGCAAAACAGCUGCCCGCUUACUUUCUUAAAACCUGAAUGCAUAUUAAUUACACAAUCAGUAUCCAUAGCAUUACUAAAUAAUUGUUUUAUUGUCGCCACUGCCUAGCAACUAUUAAUUAUUAUUUUUGCUGAUUCCUCAAAUUAUUUCUUCACAUAACCCUUAAGUUGUAGUUGUGUUGACUAUCAGUGUGCAUUAUUUGGGGUGAAUACGCUAGGGACGAGCACAGGAUUGUUUUUCACAUUAUUUCAGGCUAGACCUAGGGGUUGCGGCAUUAUCACUUAGAUCAAAUCCAUUGGUGACUUGGCGGGAUUUGAACCCGGGACCUCAGGGACUUAAGUCCCGCGCUCUAACAACUACACCAGCUCGCUCCCCCAGCUAAUAGAGUAUAGUGUUGUGAAAAAUAGCGUUUGUACCACCGACCGAAAAGGUUUUGCAGCUAGAAACUAUACCAAGCCGGCAAAACCUUAUUUUUGGCCUUGGGUACAAAAUAUACUACCGUAUUCUAACACAUUCCAUAAACCCAUCGCAUUACCUAUAAGUAUGGAUUAUUAAUGGAUGGUAAAAUUAUUAUACUUUGAUCUUUUUUAUUUUGGAAGACACAGGUUUUAAAACAUUAUCAUCCACUGAUGGUUUUUUAUGUGAUAAUUUCACAGUAAGGGAAAUUGAAACACUUCUUUUUUAUUUAACCUGCCGCUUUAGCAAUGGAAGAUAGAUUGAACAAUAAUUUGUAUCGAAUUGUGAAAAUGAGGGCUAGCCUACUCGAGGUUUUUUAGAUUAUUUUGUUCAUUUGUUUGUAGAAGUCUAAUUGAUUAAACUAAGUAAAUUCUCAUAAAAACAUAUAUUAUGAUCAUAGCUUUCACUAACUAUUGCAAAUAAUUAGAGAGAAAAGGUUUAAUCGAUCAAUAUACGUUUUAAGAGUGUUAUUAGAACCAAAUUACUUAAUGAGAUGGUUACAGGAAAAAAAAAAUGUUCUAGUCCAAAUUGCAUUCGGUCAUUAUUCUAACACAAUUAGAGAUUGGAAAGAAGUUGUUUUAUAAAGUGAGAAUAGCUCAAACAAAAAAUCUUGAGUAGGUUAGUUCUGUUUAUCUUGAUUGUGCAUUGGUCCUAGAAACACCCCUUUUUCUAUUAGGGAUUGGACUUGUUGAGUCCAAAAUGCAUGUGGCAUUGAAUGUGUUCAGUAGAAUUUGAUGAAAGUACAAAACCUAAACCUUACCACAAGGGGCUUAAGUUUGUCCACUAUAAGGUUUGACUGAGUUUAAAUGAUGUGAAUGUGAAAUAAGUAAGAUAAGAUAUGAAAAAUUUAAAGAGCAAAGUUUAUGGUGAAGCAUUAUUUAUUUAUUGUACAAAGUGAAAUAUUUCUGUAUAAAUUUUCUAGUUUUGUAAUCUAUGUCAAUUAUUAUAGUCCUAUAUGAAUUUUAAAUUGUGCCUUAUGUAAAUAAAAUGUUAUUUAUCAGCUUUGUUACAUGUAUUUGCCGUUAUAAAUUUAAUAUAUUAGAUUUUUUACACCCUAGAUUCCCUACGGUUUAAUGUGUCCUUAUCCAAAAUAUCUGAUAAACUGUUCUGUUGGCUUACCUUUAACAGGUAACACACAUUAUUAAAUAUGUUUCAAUAAUCAACUUGAUUAUUAGUCUGUUAGAUGAAACCAAAUUAUAUAUGUGAAAUGUUGAUUCAUUUUCUUAAUUAGAACUGUAAAUAGUUAAGUAAAUUUAAACACAUAAGUUAUAUUAUCAAUGUAUAGAUAAAUUUAUUUUAUAUUUUUAAUACACAAAUUGGAAGGUUUAUCUGCAAAUAUUAUCAGUAUUUAUAUAUUAGUUUUGUAAAAACAUAUUACUUCCUUUUUUAUCAAAGAAAAUUGUAUAGACACCUGAUGCUGCAUUACUGCAAUUUAUUUUAUUAAGCAUUGCACUCUUCCAAUAAAUUAAGUUUGUUUUACUAUAGACAAUGCAAGAUUUUACCUUUAAAAAGGGUUAUGUUCAUUUUAAUACUUGAAUUUAAAUUACCGGUAUAAAAACUGGAAAUAGUACUUUUAAAUUGUAUCAACUUGUUUAGUAAUUCUUGUGUACCAAAAUAUUUGUGUGUAAACCUGAACUAAAAAGUUAUAUAUUGAUAUAAAGUUAUUUAUAUUAGUAGUGUAAUUGAUUUGUACAAAACACCAAGAAACUGUCUUCUUACCUUAAAACAAUGUUUUGGUGAAAGUAUUUAUUUAUUUUCUCCAAUAAAAUGUUAUUUUAUUAUAUA